AUGAUCGCGUUGUUUGACGACAAGGCUAUGCUCGGUGGUCCGAUAACUAAUGGACUGAAUGGUGUGGUCUCUAAUGGUUUGGGAGAUGGACAAACUGCAGAUAUAAAGGACUUGGUGAAGGAUGCUGUGAAGGAGUAUUUUGACAGUAUGAAUCUGCCCCAGCUAGCCUCCCAAUCUUAUUCAUACAGUCCACGGCAGCAGAAGCCGCAGACGUUGGGCAAUCCAGAGUUCAGAGGCUACAAUGAGUCUGGCGAGGAGGUGUGGGCGGUGGUGAAGAAAGACCCCUUUGCGGAACUUGGGCUGAUGAAUACAAGCGCAUCCAAACCAGGAAGCAGAAUGAUGGCUUUGAGACAGUCAGCGCCUCCCAACUCAUUCCAGAGAUCCGAGAACCAGCUGUGGAACAAUGAUGGCGACUUCCAGAAUAGUCUGAACAGCUGGGCCACGGCUGCUCCCAGUCACGAGCGGGAGAUAGUGAAGAACCUACUGAAAAGACUGAAUGGAGGCCAAACUCCUGCGGAAUUCGCAAACAGACCUUCGCGACGUGCUGCUAGUGCCAUACCCGUGGAACCCUACCAAUACCAGUGUGAUCUGAGCAUGUUCUCCAACCCGCCCUUCAACCCCUCCAGACACUUCACCAUAAAUCCAGAGUGGACCAGCGAACGCCUAGAGGUCAAGAAGAUCCCAGCUGCCCAUCUGCACCCGUCGGCUACUCUGAAAAACAAACUGGGACUUCUCAGAAGCUGAUCUAAUAGAAACGAGAAGACCAAAAAUAAUAAGUAAAGCUAAGCUAUGGAAUUAAAGACACGCAAUGAAAAAUUGAAUUAAUAAUGUUAAGAAAUGCUUCGCUAAUUUAGAUCCAAAUAAU